AAACGCCACCGAAUCGGAAACAUUAAAGAAAACGCACCAGCAAUUAAACCACUUUCUGGCGCGUCACGACGCAACCGAGUUUGUGGUACCUUGACCUACGGCAACACGAAUCCACAACGCAUUUCUUUGCCACGGAUUAGAGCUGUCCGGCACAUUUGAAGAUAAACAAGCAACUCAUAACUACACAACAAAAACAAAACAUAGCACACAAAAAAACCACACAAACACACAACCUAUACUAUACGGAACUGGCACCGGAACCAAUGGGCACUCCAAUAGAAAGAAAGUAGUAGCAGCUCCAUCUCUUCGCUCUCGCAGCAUCGCAUCGAUCGACUUUCUUUACGCUUUAUGCUCUGAGCGGCCCAGCAUUGCGCGGCCAAACCAUCCGAUGCGUCACGGUGGAUGAUGUUAUAAAACUAACGGUUUAAUUGAAAUGCUCCCCCAUUUACCGGCGAGAGAUCGGAGCGUGCGCACGUGCUUCACACAGCUCCGCGAUCGUGCGCGAUCGUCUACAACUUGCGCGUACUGUCGUUUAUAUUGCUCAUUGUAGGUUUUUUUUAAGAAAAGAAGAGUGAACUAAUAUACGAAUCAAGUGAAUGUGCACGGAAAAAAAGUGCUGCAGCGUAUUGGUAUCAAUUCUUGGCGAAACAGAAAAGAAAGUCGAAAGAAGGUCCUGUCCGGGUGCAGAUAUAUUGUUGGACCGUUAAGUUAAACUUGAAACCAGUUCUUUCUGGUGCGUGUGUCGCUGUCAGACGUUAAGUGAAAGGAGUGGCAACAGGAUUAGGCCUGGUAGGCUCAGUAGAAGUGAUACAAACACACACACACACUCCCUCAACAUCUAGCGAGGCACCGAAACGUGCUCUUCUUGGCGGCUUGGCUCUGGUGAAAGUAAAAGUGGAAAAGUCGCAAACUGCGAAACUUCGAUUCGGCGGGCGUGAUACGCGUGUUUGUGCCUGCAGUUUAACCCGUUGUUUACGAGAUCCGUUCCGUUAAUUUAUGUGGGACGGAUUUUUCCAGAAAUGCAGGAUUCAAAGUGAAAAGUGAAAUUUCAAAGCUUCCAGAACGGUUUUUCGUGGCGGUUUUGUUGCACCACAUGCAACGCAACGUGCUGAAAGCCGCCAUUGAUGUGAUCAUGAUAAGGGUCAGUUUGAAGUGUACGUAAUUUACUGGCGGUAAUACACACAGUUGUAUCACACAGCAUCCGUAUCGACCAAUUCAUCCUGAAGCAAAAGCACUUCAACCAGCAUCAGUGUCUGGAUACCCAACAGGAAGGCAACCGUUCGGACACCGAGACACAACCAACGCGUACACACAAAAAAGUCAACCGGAAUGGGUCUAUUUUUAUGCUACACGCUGCUGACGCUCGCGGUCACUUUCACUGGAAAUGCGUACGGAGGCAACCUGGUGAAACGGAGUCUCAAAAACACAGUUCCCUGCUUUGAGGAUGGACGGUUUUACAGAAAUCCCGAUCGGCCUGAGCAGAAAAUGUGGACCAAUACCGAGUGCGCCAAGUACUAUCUCUGUCUCGACGGGGAAGUGUUUGAGUUCAAAUGUUCCGUUGGGUUGCUGUUCGAUGUUUCCCGACAAAUUUGCGACUUUAAGCAAAACGUUGACAACUGUGAUGUAACGGCAGAGGCUCGUGUCCCGAAACCAUUGCUGGAAAAUGCAAAAUGUGAAGAACGAUCGCAGCUCGGAUGUGGCGAUGGAACCUGCCUGCCGAACGAAUACUUCUGUGACGGAUCGGUUGACUGUGAGGAUGGUUCGGAUGAGGGUUGGUGCGAUGUAGAGAACGAUCCCAAUGCAGCCGAUCCGUGUGAUCUGUCCGUGUGUGAGUUACCGGACUGUUUCUGCUCGAAGGAUGGCACCAUUAUUCCGGGACGGUUGGAACGUUACCACACGCCCCAGAUGAUACUGCUCACAUUCGACGAUGCGAUCAACUUUGAAAACUGGGAACUGUACACGGAGAAAAUCUUCACCCCCGCCCGCAAGAACCCGAACGGAUGUCCCGUUCGGGCUACGUUCUUCAUAUCGCAUCAGUACACAAACUACGCCCAGGUGCAACGGAUGUGGAACGAUGGGCACGAGAUUGCGGUACACUCGAUCACACACCGAGGACCGGAAGAGUGGUGGUCGCGCAAUGCCACGAUCGAGGACUGGUUCGAUGAGAUGGUCGGACAGGCGAACAUUAUCAAUCGUUUCUCGAACGUGCGCAUGGAGGAGUUGCGUGGAAUGCGUGUACCAUUUUUGCGCGUCGGCUGGAAUCGACAGUUUCUGAUGAUGAAGGAGUUUGGCUUCGUGUACGAUUCUUCGAUGGUGGCUCCGUUCUCGAAUCCACCGCUAUGGCCAUACACGCUCGACUACAAGAUGCCGCACGCGUGCAAUGGGAAUAAUCAGUAUUGUCCAUCCAGAAGCUAUCCGGGCAUCUGGGAGCUGGUGAUGAACCAGCUAGAGGCCGGCGAGUAUACGUGCGGCAUGGUAGAUACCUGCCCGCCGCACAUGAAUGGGGAAGACGUGUACCGGAUGUUUGUGCACAACUUUAAGCGCCACUAUCACACAAACCGAGCACCGCUGGGACUAUACUUUCACUCCACGUGGUUCCGCAAACAGGAGUAUCUGGAUGCAUUUCUGAGAUUCCUCGACGAUAUGGCCAAGUAUCCGGAUGUUUAUUUCGUCACCAACUAUCAGGCAAUCGAGUGGAUGCGCAAUCCGACCACCUCGAAUCAGCUCGGUCAUUUCGAACCGUGGCAGUGCCGGCCGAAACAACUCGAUCCGCAAGAGCAUGCCUGCAAUCUUCCACGUACCUGUAAGCUUCAUAGCCGUGUUCUGCAACAGGACCGCUAUCUUUCCACCUGCAAUGAGUGCCCGGCACAGUAUCCUUGGAUAAGGAACGAGUUCGGGCUGGAUUAAUCGCCGGACACAGGUUUGUUUUGAGUUGGUUGGAAUUUAUUUACAAGAAUAACUCAACACCGAGUAGAAUUUAGGAUAGACGCGAAUGAUUUUGCUACGAUCAGUUCGGUUUUUUAUGUUUUACGUGUUGUGUGCUGUUAAAUUGCUCCCUCUCUAUGCUGUCCUAUUUCAUUUGCGUUACAUUUUUAACAACUAUUUGUAAGCCCAGGCGUGGAUAGGACACCGUGGAAAUUGUGCUAUCGGCGUGAAAGGAAUAGAAUCAAAGAAAGAUAGAAAUUGUGUGCGUGUGUCCACGCGGAUUCUAGCAAAAUGUUAUGUAAGUAGCAUACUUAAGACAAGUUAAUAAAUUGAUCGAUUUACCGAUCAUCCGUAAACAUGA